UGAGCUGAAGCUUAGCAUUUGGAGCGCAUCAAAAUAUUGAAAUCCUUUAGUUUUCAAAUCGUACAGUAACCAAAGGAACUGUGCAAUAUAAGAACAUAUAUCAGAUAUUUAGUUACAGACUACCGAUUCCGUUAACGAUUGGGUACUUACAUUGCGUCGAUCAAGAUGGAGCAGGACACCAGCCCAGGGUUUGUGGCCUCAUCACCUCCAGCUGGCGCUAAGUCAAAGUUGGACACGCUGUCCAAGGAUGACCUCAUCAAGUUUGCCAAGAAGCAGAUGGCUGCCAUACAGAAGAUGAAGUCCAAAUGUGCAGAUUUGGAAACGGAGGUUGACACCCUCAAGUCUCAGCCAAAAGGCAAUUCAGGUGACUCCAUCAUACAGGAGCUGACCGAGAGGAUGAGUGCCUUGCUGCUGGAAAAGGCUGAGACCCAGCAGAGUGCAGUGUUACUGCGGAAGGAGAAUGAGAAGAUCAAGCACCGGGAACAGGAUGCAGUAGGGAAACUGGCCACCCUGCUGGGAGAGUUGGACCAGGCCAAGGAAGACCACCAGAAGAAAAUAGCAGCCUUGGAGAAGAGCCUGGACGCAUCCCAAGCCAAACACAAAGAAGAAGUUGAAUUCUUCCAGAGGCUUCUGAGGGAGAAAGAAGAGAGUGACAGAGAGAAAGAGAGAGAAAGAGAGAAAGAAAAGCAGAGAGAAAGGGAAGACUCGGGCGAGAGUGUAGAAGCCGUAAGUCGCAGCCUGGAGUCACAGAUCCUGAGUCUGCAGACGGAGCUAGCUGCAGCCAUGGAGCGGAGCGCCCAGGAGGCUGCAGCGCUGCAGGAAGACCAUCAGAGGGCACUGACAGAGGCCCAGCAGGAAGUAGAGAACCUGAGAGAGGAGUUGGCUCAGCAUAGUGUGCAACAUGAAGAGGAGCUGAGAGCUCUGGAGGAGGACUUUGAGAUGGAGAGAGAGAGACUGCUACUCCUCCAAGAGGAGCUCAGUGAGCAGCUGGCUCUCAAAGACAGCUUCCUGCAGGAUGUGCAGGAGGAAGAGGAGGAGCCUAGUGGCCGCAGCUCAGGGAUAGCCAGGAUGUUGGAGCUGUCUGGUGUAAGUCAGAUUGAUGCCAGUGAUGGAGAGACUGAGCGCGGACAGCUCCGAUCUGCCCUGGAGGACCAGCAAUCACAGAAUACCAUGCUGCAAGACGAGCUGAUCUUCCUGGGCAAUGUGAAGACUGAACUGGAGGCGGAGCUUGAGAGGGUAAGGGAGGAGUUUCAGACAGAGAAGGAGGAACUAGAGUUUAAGAUCGAAGAGUUGCUGAUGACCCGGGAGGUUGCGACCCCUGACGUAAAUAUGACCCCUAACCGUGACCUUCUGAUCCUUGCAACCCCUAACCGUGAACUUCAGGAGGCUCAAGCGUUCACUCAGCUUCAGCUGAGCGGCCCACAGAGAGACCCAGUGGACAGCCUACCUGCCAGCCCUUCUAGCCCCAGACAGAGCCUGUCUAGCCCUGUCCCUGGUGCAGACCACCAGAGCCUGACCCUGCAAGAACAGCAGAGAUUGAUCCUGGAGGUCCAGGAGCUGAGGGCCCAGUGUGAGACCUUAGCCAGGGAGAAGAGCCAGGCCGUGGGUGAAUGUGAGUCCCUAGCCAGAGAGAGGAGGCAGGUGGUGGCAGAAUGUGAGUCCCUAGCCAUAGACAGGAGCCAGGCGGUGGCUGAGUACGAACGCACCAGAGACAUCCUGAGAGGCCUGGAGACUGAGCUAGGUCAUAGGACCGGGGACAUCGCCAGACAGUAUGAAGCUAUGAAGGAACAGGGGGCUUCUGCAGUCCAGGAGCUACAGGAGAGAGUCACAGGGCUUACUGAGGAGAGAGAUGGUCUGGUGGAGAGGGUGAGAGGGUUGGAUGAAGACAGAGCGAGCCUGCUGGAGAAGGUCCAGGGCCUAGAGAAGAGGCUGGAGAGCUUCCUGGAGCAGACACAGGCAGCCGAGGGGCUGAAGGAGCAGCUGCAGACGUCUCUGGAGGAGAAGAAUGCGUUAGCCCUCGAGCUAAAGGACUCCGUAGAGGCGCAGACAGUGUUAGCCUCUGAGCUAAAGGCAUCUCUUGAGGUGCAGACCGCGUUAGCCGUAGAGCUAAGGGUUUCGGUGGAGGAUCUGAUCAGGCAGAACGGGGAGAUCGUCUCUCAGCUGCAGAUGAAGGAGAGUGCUGUUCAGGAGUUAGAGGAGACACUUAAUGUGGUGAGCACAGCGAGAGACAUAACACUGUCAGCACUGCAGGACAGAGAGAUGGAGGUGGUGAGGUUGAGGGAGGAAAGGGAGAGGGAGGUGGAGGAGAGUCAAGGCCAAAGAGAGGAGGUGGCUGAGCUGCAGGCUCAUAUAGAGGAGUUAGAGAAGGAGAGGAGCCUGCUGAAGAAUAAUCUAGAGGAGGUGCAGAGGGAGAGGUCUGAGAAGGUGCAGGGGAGCCCAGGGGAGGAGGUGGAGGAGCUGCAGGCUCGUAUAGAGGAGCUGGAGAAGGAGAGGAGCCUCCUGAGGAGUAAUCUGGGGGAGGUGGUGGGAGAUACUGAAGCUCUACAGAGAGACCUGAGGGAGAUGAAACUGGUCAAUGAGAAGAUGAGAACAGAGAACCAAGAACUACUGACACAAGUCAGCCAGGCUACAGAGACACUGGCAGACCGAGAGAGGGAGGGAGAGGUGGAGGAAGAACAGGCGGAGAAGGAGAGGAGAGAGCUACAACAGCAGCUAACAGAGAAGGACACCGUGAUAUCUCAGUUGAGAAGUGAGAUGGCUGGCUUACAGUCUACAACCCAGUCUCCUGUCUCAGAGGAGAACACAGCCAAUGUGUUCACUGAGAAAAUUGCCCUGCUGGAGAAGGAGCGCAAAGAAAAGGAUGAGAGGAUGAAUAAGAUCAAGGCGGUGGCUGUGAAAGCCAGGAAGGAGCUGGACACCAGCAGGAAAGAGGCUGUGUCUCUAAAGGAGGAAGUGGAGGUGUUGAAGGCUGAGAGAGAGAGGGUGACAAGCUCAAUGAAAGACAUCAUCCAUGGAGCAGAGGGAUACAAGAACUUGCAGCUGGACUACGACAGGCAGACAGAGGAGCUGGAUAAGGAGAGAGAGAAGGUGGAGGGAGCUGAGAAACAGAUCUCCGAGCUGACCAAGCGACUCAACACUGCCGUACAACAGCAUGAACAACUGUGGUCGGAGAGAGAGGACCUGAUGACUGGGUUGGAGACUCUUAGGAGUACAGUGAGACAGAUGGAAGGACAGACAGCAGAGCUACACAGACAGACAGACACCCUGAACAGAGACCUGCAGGCUGAGAGACUACUGAAGGAACAGAAGACAAAGGAGCUGUCGUCGUUGCAGAAGGAGGUAGAGGAGCUGACAGUUCAGCUCCGCAGACAGAAGCAGCAGUCUCAGCAGACAACACAGGAGCUGGAGCAGCUACGCAAGGAGGCCCAGCAGAGCUCGUUGUUGGACAUGGAGAUGGCAGACUAUGAACGCCUGGUCAAAGAACUCAACACUAAACUGUCAGAGAAAGACGUGUGUGUGGAGGAGCUGAAAACACAGAUAAACACACACACACAGCAAGAAGUCUCACUCAACCAGGAGAUCGAGGGUCUGAAGUCCCAGCUUGACCAGGGGGAGGACAAGAGCUCCAAGAUGAAACAGCUGCUGGUGAAAACCAAGAAAGACCUGGCUGACACCAAGAGACAGGAAGCCAUUCAGAUGAUGACGCUAGCCUCUCUGAAGGGAGAGCUGGAGGCACAUCAACAGCAAUUGGAGAACAGCAAGAUCCAGUACUGUGAACUGACUGCGGAGCGCCACAGACUGCAGGAGCAGCUGAGGACUCUGACUGAACAACAGCAGAGAACAAGCAGCUCCUUGCAACACAGACUGACCACACUACAGCAGGAGGCUAACACUGCCAAGGCUGAGCUGUCAUCUGUCACUGCUGAGUUUGACAGCUAUAAGGUCAGAGUUCACAACGUCCUCAAACAACAGAAGAACAAAACCUCAGCACAGAGCGACGGAGACGCCACUAAACAGGAGAGGGACCAGAUGGAGUCCAUGGUGGACCAGUAUAAAGCCAAGCUGCAGGACAGUCAGCAGAGUCUGGCCGUGAGCACUGCAGAACUACAACAGCUCCAGAUGGAACAUGACACACUGCUGGAACGACACAACAAGAUACUGCAGGAGACCGUCACUAAAGAGGCCGAACUCAGAGAGAGACUCAUGUCUCUCCAGGCUGAGAUUAUGUCAACGCGGACAGAGCAUGCUCAGACGGUGGGUCAGCUAACCUCGCAGGCCGAGGCCCAGCGCUCAGGGUUCAGGGAGCAGAUCCGCCAUCUUCAGGACGAACACAGAACUACAGUAGAGACCCUGCAGAACCAGAUGACCAGGCUGGAGAACCAACUGUUUACACUGCAGAAACAGACCAGUCCAGCUCCAGUCCAGACCAGUCGUAAACCAGUGGUGGACCGCCGGCCCGUGGACCAGGGGGGAAUGGGGGGGCUGGGCCUGGGCCUCAGUGAUCUCCAGUCCAUGGCUAGAGAGGAGGGGGAGGGCAUGGAGACCUCCGAGACAGAGUCCCUGUCACCCACACACACACACCUACCCUCACUGGAACACCUACUCACCUCCCCAGACCCCAAACAGGAGCCGUUUGUGUGGCAGGUGGAGCCGACUAAAGAGGAAUUGAAUCAGAAGUUGACCACAGCUACACGCAGUAUGGAACACAUGAACAGUCUACUGCAUGAGACAGAGGCUACCAAUGCUGUUCUGAUGGAACAGGUCAAUCUGUUGAAGUCUGAAGUGCGUCGUCUGGAGCGUAACCAUGAGAGAGAGAAGAGUGUAGCCAACCUGGAGUAUCUGAAGAAUGUCCUCUUACAGUUCAUCUUCCUGCAGUCAGGCAGUGAGAGGCAGGCUCUACUCCCCGUCAUACACACCAUGUUACAACUCAGCCCUGAGGAGAAAAAUAAACUGGCUGCUAUCGCAAUGGGUGAGGAGGAAGUGGGAGGAGCUAGAGGCUCAGGAUGGACCUCCUACUUACACAGCUGGUCAGGCAUCAGAUGAACACACACACAUCAACGAAUGUCGUCUUUCUACCUGCCUUCACUUUCAUCUGGUUAAUAUGUCUGAUCAACUGGAGUUAUUAAAAAGUCUUUAUAUAUUGAUGAUCAUCCAUCUACUUGAAAAAAAAGCCAGUAGUCAGCAAUGCAAGCCAGUACUAUUUUUAGCUGAUGGUACGUUACUGAACCAUUCAUGAUGGGUUAAUUCACCAAUACCUAACAGUCAUUACUGGGAUUAUUUUAUAAGAUUGAUUUUGUUGCUUGUAACAAUCAAUUCCAAGCAACGCUUAAGUUUUACAACAGUUAAAGAAGUGAACUAUGACUGUUUUUACAGAUUUGACCACCUGUUUUCAUUGCUCACUCAUUAUAGGUCUGAUACAGGGCAGUAGGUAGCCUAGCAGUUAAAAGGCGCUGCAUGGUCAAUCGGACAUCUGCAUUGGCCGUGCAGCAUUUAAAGUGAU